AUGGUCUGGGCUGGCAUCAGCAAGCAUGGGCAGCAUCCACUGUACAGGUUUGACACCAGCAAAAGUACCUUAAAGAAGGGUGGUGUGAAUGCCACCAUUUACAGAGAGCAGAUCACUCAAGGCAAGCUCAGGGACUACUUCACAGGUCUUGGGAUGAUAGGAGGUCAUCCCACAUUGGUGGAGGACAAUGCUCCUGUUCACACAGCAAAACUGACAAAGGAAAUGGCCAGACAACUGGGAUACACCCCUCUUCCCCACCCUCCCAACUCUCCAGACCUCAAUCCCAUUGAGAACUGCUGGGCAUGGCUCAAAAAUCAGCUCAAGAACUCAGAGAGGAGCCCCAAGAAUGAGGAUGAACUGUUUGAGAAGGCACAAGAACUCUGGGCAAAGAUGCCACAGUCUUUGGUAGACAGAUGCAUUGAUAGUAUGGAGGGUAGAUUGAAAGCUGUCAAAAGAACUAGAGGCUUUGCUACACACUACUGA